CUUUCUUCCAUCACUAAACGGAACAACAGACGCCGGCUAGAAAAUUUUGUUAAAUUGAAUUAAAUUGCCCGAAAACUACAAAAAUGUCCUUCAAGGGGAAUCCCAAGGUUCAGAAGGUGAUGGUGCAGCCCAUCAACCUGAUUUUCCGUUACCUGCAAAACCGUUCCCGUGUCCAGGUCUGGUUAUACGAGAACAUCUCGCUGCGCAUCGAGGGCCACAUUGUGGGAUUCGACGAGUACAUGAAUCUGGUGCUGGACGACGCCGAAGAGGUUUAUGUGAAGACCCGCCAAAGGAAGAACCUGGGAAGGAUCAUGCUCAAGGGGGACAACAUCACGCUUAUACAGAACGUCAGUCCGUCCAAGGACUAGGACUCGCUACCUUAGAUUCCACUGCCUACGAUAGCCGCACGUCGUAAUUAUUAAGUAAACUAAUGUACACUCACCUGGAAAUUUCAAUAAAAUAUAGAAACUCUGUAAA